AUUUUGGUCUGGUGGUGUGACGUCAUAAGGCUGCGACGUGCAUCUGCAUCUGUUGGGAUUCGGCUGAAGAAAGAAAAACCCCUGAUGAAGCGACUGAGAUCCACGUGACACACUAUUAUAAAGAUGGAGUUUAUUAAAGAGGAGAUUGAAGACAUUAAGAUUGAAGAAACAUUCAGAGUGAAACAAGAAGAAACUGAGGAACAAACAGACCUGAUGGCACUGAAGGAGGAGAGUGAAGUACUGAAUGAAAUAGAAGAUAAAGAUCAACAUAAUCAUCAUAAUGUCUUUGCUGGAGAAAAAUUGUGUAGGUGCUCACAGCCUGAAAACAAUUCUUCACAAAACAUGGCUAAAAAGACAGGGACUAGAAGUCAUUUCAGCUGCAAACAGUGUGGAAACAGGUUCAAUCUAAAAGGAAGCUUUAACAGGCACAUGAAAAUUCACACUGAGAAGCCUUACACAUGUCCUCAGUGUGGAAAGAGUUUCAAUCAGAAAGGACACUUUAUAGACCACUUGAGAAUUCACUCUGGAGAGAAACCCUAUACAUGCCUUCAGUGUGGAAAGAGUUUUGAUCAACAUGUAAACCUGAAAGUCCACAUAAAAGUUCACACUAGAGAGAAGCCUUACAUCUGCCAACCGUGUGGAAAAAGUUUCACCCAAAAAGGAAGUCUUAAUUACCACAUGAAAAUUCACACUGGACAGAAGCCUUACACCUGCCACCAGUGUGGAAAGAGCUUCAAUCAGAAAGGACACGUUAAAGACCACAUGAGAAUUCACACUGGAGAGAAGCCUUACACCUGCCAACAGUGUGGAAAAAGUUUCAACCAAAUAGGAAUCCUUAACAGGCACAUGAGAAUUCACAAUAGAGAUAAGACUUACACCUGCCCUCAGUGUGGAAAGAGUUUCACUGAACAUGGAAGUCUUGUAGGCCACAUGACAAUUCACUCUGGAGAGAAGCCUUACACCUGCCAACAGUGUGGAAAGAGUUUCAUUCAGAAAGGACAAUUUAAAGUCCACUUGAGAAUUCACACUGGAGAGAAGCCUUACACAUGCUCCCAGUGUGGAAAGUGUUUCAGUCAGAAAGGACACUUUAAAGACCACUUGAGAAUUCACACUGGAGAGAAGCCUUACACAUGCUCCCAGUGUGGAAAGAGUUUCAAUGUGAAAGGACACUAUAUAGACCACAUAAGAAUUCACACUGGAGAGAAGCCUUUCACCUGCCAACAGUGUGGAAAAAGUUUCAACCAAAAAGGAAUCCUUAACAGACACAUGAGAAUUCACAAAGAGUUUAACUAAAUAUGGAAACCUUGUAAUCCACAUGGGAGUUCACACUGGAGAGAAGCCAUUUAUAUGUGGUCAAGGUGCAAAAAACUUCAGAUAUAAAGAAACACUUGAGUACCACACAAUAAUUAAUUUAUAAGAGAAUGGUUUUAUAUGUCUUCAGUGUGGAAUGAGUUACACAGUCAGGAAGGAAACACCUUAGGAAUCAUGUAAUAAUUCAAAACAGAGAGAGGCCUUUCAUGAACCAUCACAGUGGAAAGACUUGCAGAAAUAAAACAAACCUUGAGGUUCACAUAAACAUCCCCAAUAUACUCUGGCAGUGUUGAACAUAAAAAAGUUCAAAAUCCCAGAGAAGCAGACUUGGCAAACAUCCCAAGUGGUUUUUAGAUUAAUAUGUGUUGCAUAUUUUCCUUUCAAAAACAAAAUAAACACGAGAAAACCAAUGUGAAUUUUUUGCACCAGCUAGAGGCCUUCAUGGGUCCACUUGGGUCCAAAAUACUGAGGUCUGACCUGGGUUUGGGUGCAAAACUUCAAUGAGUGCCUUGGUUCCUUGCCUUGGGUUCGGUACUAUUAGUGACCGCCCGUCUCAAGUAAUUUAAUAUAAAUCUGCUUUUUCCAAAUGGACCAGAGAAAACACAAAAAAUAAACUUUAAAGGGGUGGUUCACUGUUUUUUUUUU